UUACAGAGUCAACAAUGCAGGAAGAAAGGAUUUCGUGCUUAGCUUGCGGCUCAUUGGAUAGCUUAAAUAUUUGUCCAAGAUGCGGUCUUGCAUAUUGUUCUGUGAAGUGCUAUCGAAGUGAACAACAUCGGAAAUGUUCAGAAUUGUUUUAUUAUGAGUGUGUCGAGCAAGAAUUGCGUCUUCGGGGUGGUCCACAAAAGCCUCCGAAAACUUUUGAAGAAUUCAUAAAUGAACAGCAUGCAAAGGAUUUUUCAAUGGAUGUGGGAAUUCCGGGUGGUUCUAAUCAUCUGAUAGACUCAGAUGAUGAUGAUGAUGAUGAUACUGUUGAUAGUUACUUGGAGGAAGUAAAAGACGGAUGCAUUUCGGAAUAUCAGUCAGCCGAUGAACGUGAGCUGGAUAGACAACUAACAUUAAUUGGUAUUGGUACAGACAAUGAGAGUCUUCUGUCAUCACUGAACGAUUUAGAGAAAAAGUCGUUUACCAUGUUCUAUAAUAAAUUAUUAGAACAAGAAGCUGAUCUUGGUCGAUCAGUUUUCACAAAGAAACAAGAACCGAAAUAGAGUACUAGUGUAUGUAUAUAAAUUAUACGUUUUUUUUCUUUCUUUUUUUCUAAAUCUUUGUUGUAUUUUGAGCUUUUAAGAGCAUUAAGUCCUUCCAUGGCAACAAACCUUUACGAAGAAGGAGUACUCAUAUUCACAAUUGUUUUCGGAGUUUUUUAAUUGCCUUUCGGAUUGUUUAUGCUUUCUAAUUCGAAUCUUAGAAAUCCUGUCAGAAAUUCAGAAAUGUAUCUCGGAUAUUGAGAUUAAG